UAAAAAAAAACUACCGAAAAUACUUUCACUGCCGCCCUUGGAUCCUCUCCAAGCCACACGUUUCACCCGCGGCGGAAACUGCAGGCUUUCUAAAGGGCAAGCAGCUACUCACCGGACCGCUUCUGGGGGUCUCCGACCUGAUCGGCACAAGUCGCACGCACCUCGCUCAACUGAGAAACCGGCAAGUCAGAAACGGCGAAAAAAGAAUGGAUGUGAUGUGGCCGCUGUGUCUCUUUGCCUUUCGCUCCCUCUUGCUCGCUGGCUUUACGGACUUCGCCACUUGCGCGGACUAUAAGGUGGUGACCCACGCCAGCUCACCACUUGGUCGUCAGGAGACAGAAGGCGUCUGGCUUCAGAGAAUCAGGAGACAAGUGAGAUCCUCAAAAUCUGAGCUAAAGAUCACCAAUUACCAUGUGCGUUCGGAGAUUGUCUCACGCUAUGCCAUCACCACAGUAGAGUGCUCCAUGUGGAACCCUCACUCUCAAGCCAAGGAAGCGAUAUUUGAAGUUGAACUGCCAGGAGCUGCCUUCAUUUCCAAUUUUACGAUAACCAUAAACAACAAGGUUUAUGUGGCCGAGGUGAAGGAAAGAGCCACAGCUAAAAGAAUAUAUGAAGAGGCAAAGAAGAAAGGUCGCACAGCUGGACACGUUGGGACUAAGGAGAGGGAGACGGAGAAAUUUCGCUUGGCUAUUAAUGUGGAGGCAGAGUCACAGAUGACCUUCACAUUGACCUAUGAGGAGCUGUUGCAGCGACGCCUUGGCCAUUAUGAAGUGGUGCUGAGUGUUAGGCCGGGCCAGCUUGUUAGCAAUCUAACUCUGGAGCUCUCCAUCUCAGAAAGGACCGGCAUAAGUUUCUUGAAAGUGCUACCUUUGAGAACCACAAAACUGUUAUCCAACACAGUGAGAGGAGAUGCCAAUAUACCACCAUCAACAGAGGUUCAGCAGACCACAAGUUGUGCCCACAUCCGAUUCACUCCGACUCUUAAGGAUCAGAAAAUAUAUUCCACUUCUACUGGCAUUGCUGGUGAUUUUGUGGUCCAAUACGAUGUUGACCUCAAAGACCUUAUAGGAGAUGUACAGAUCUACAAUGGCUACUUUGUACACUAUUUUGCUCCUCGUGGUCUACCCAUCAUUCCCAAAAAUGUCAUUUUCCUGAUUGAUGUCAGUGGCUCUAUGAUUGGAACAAAAAUCAAGCAGACUAAAAAUGCAAUGCAAACUAUCCUGAGUGACCUUCGACCUGAUGACCAUUUCAACAUCAUCACAUUUUCUGAUGUAGUGAACAUCUGGAAUCCAAAUAGCACCAUCCAGGCAACCCCGCAGAAUGUGAAGAAAGCCAAGGAUUUUGUCAGCAAAAUUGUAGCAGAUGGCUGGACCGACAUCAAUGCAGCCCUAAUGAUGGCUGGAUCCAUCAUCAAGACCAACACCCCAGAGGAACGGUCAGGGAAGCACCGUAUUCCUCUUGUUAUCUUGCUUACGGAUGGAGAACCCACAAUUGGUGUCACUUCUGGGGAGAAAAUUGCUCAAAAUACCAAAAAGGCCCUGAAUUCAACCUCUCUUUUUGGGCUGGCAUUUGGAGAUGAUGCUGACUUCCCACUGCUUCGUCGACUUUCCAUGGAAAACAGAGGAGUGGCUCGCCGGAUUUAUGAAGAUGCGGACGCUGCUUUGCAGUUGUCUGGCUUUUAUGAUGAAGUGGCCAGCCCGCUGCUUUAUGACAUCCAGCUCAAUUACCUAGACAACCAUGUCUAUGAUGUCACCCAGUCCCUUUUCCCAAACUACUUCCAAGGCUCAGAACUGGUGGUGGCAGGUAGAGUCCAACAGGAUGUCAAAAAUCUCCAUGUGACCAUGACUGGUUCAGGACUGGACAAAAAUAUAGCUCUAGCUAAUGAUGUGGCAAUUGUGAACCCCAGUAAUGCAUCAUUUGGGUGUUCUGGGGAGCUGGAAAGGAUACCAAACUUUGUACAUCGAUUGUGGGCAUAUUUCACUAUUAAAGAGCUUCUACGAGUGCGUAUGAAUGGGAGUGAUCCAGCAACGCAAAGGCUGCUUAUGGAAAAAGCUACCAAUCUUUCACUUAAAUAUAACUUUGUCACUCCAGUCACUUCCUUAGUGAUAGUAAAGCCCGAAGACAAUGAAGAGAAAUCAAAGCAAAGACCACAGAAGGUUACCACAAACACUACUGUGAUGACCACCACAACAACUGCUAUCAGUGCCAACACUCGUACUCCUCUCCUCAAAACUGCUCCAGUAAUGGGACACAGGAAUUUAACAACCACUGCUAGAAAGCUACCAACACCGACUUCUUCUCCCACUACAAGAGCAACUGCAAGGUUCAAUCAAUCCAAACCCAUUGUGGAUCACCCAAAGUCGCCAGUAUUACCUGUUGAUUUCCCAACAACAGGACAGCCAUUUUCCACUUCUUCCUCUAAUAUACUGGCCACCAAUCAGAUUUUAACCAAGCAGCCUGCAGUCCUGCUGGAGAAUGUUACAUCAGUCCUCAGUUAUAGCACUGCACAAACAACAUCAACAAGCAGCAUUGUGGGUUUUCCAGGCUCCUCAACUAGCUCUCCUGUGGUAGUGAACUUGACAUUUACAGGACAAGCAGCCAUCACACAACCUCCAAAUGGGCCUAUGACAGUUAGUCUCAUUCCUGGGCCUUUCACUAUACCCCAAAUCAUUGAAGAAGCCUCUGUGAUGAAGGCCUUCAAGCAGGAAAAGGAGAUUUCAAAUUUGACCCCACAUGAUACUGCCAAGGACCUGGAUGGCGAUCAAAUGGUUCUCUCAGAAGUAGAAUCUAUUGUGAUAUCUGGGUCCUUUCUAGAUCACGACAUGGAGGGAGAAGUUCAAUCAUUAGAUUUAGGAGAUGUUUUCCACACUGGACAGUAUACUGGACCCGCUUCAAUAAGUCAGAUUGGAGUGUUUACUGCCUCAGCUGAUGGAGAUCCCCAUUUCUUAGUUCACCUGCCAAAAUCUGGACAAAAUAUCUGUUUCACCAUCAAUGGACAGGAAAAUGAUGAACUAAGGCUGGUAGAUGACCCCAUUAAAGGUGUCAGUGUAACAGGCCAUUUGAAGGCGGUACAUUCUAGAGUGGAAUCACAGGAUGUCACACCUACGUACUUUGACCGGAUCACCAUAAUCACAGAGACCCAUGGGGCUGGUGCCUGGACGAUCACUAUUACACUGCACAAUAUUACUCUCAAUGGUGAAGCCUCUGCCUUGCUGCGCACUGAUAAGCCAGGCACCCUUCAGAGAUGUGACCUGAAUAUCACUGUGGAUGGGGCGCUGAGAAUCUGGGUGAAGGUGGCUCAGAAUGUGGAGUUUUUGGUUCUCUUGCAUCAUUACCAACACCCAAUCAACCAUCAGAUGGACCACUUGGGCAUUUAUAUCUCACAAGGGGGAGGCCUGUCACUUCAGGCACAUGGGUUGCUGGGUCAGUUCCAGCAUUCUAAUAUUUCAAUUAAACGAACAAAAGGUAUCCCCACACAUCCAAACUCUUCUGUUUACCAGAAACUGGCAAUGGGGGAGCUGCAAAAGGGUAACCAGCGGAUCACUGUUUUCCUUGAAAUUAAAAAGCUGAAGGACACAAUCAAACGAAGACAUUUUGGAAAGUGCUGGAUUAUUCCCAGCAAGGAUGUGGAGCAGCUUAUCGAUGGCACCUACCAGGACUAUGUGACAAGUCCCAAGUAAUACAAUCUGUAGUGUCUUGCAGAUGUUAUGUGGACUGGCUUCCUUAAUUUAUCUUUUGUUAUGCAGGGAUGGUUUUGUUUUUAAAGCUGUUAAGCUUCUCUCUUUGUGUUAGAGCAGCACUCAAAACUGAACAAUAACAAAAUUGCCUUAUGUAAGGAGAAGUGGAACAAAUGAGGUGGUUUGCUGUCCUGCAAAAUCAAAAAUGCUUUAAAGUCGAGUAGGUUUUUAUCAUUUAAAUAAAUGAACACUGGUACAAUGCCUUAAAAAGGCACUUUAUACCCAUAAUGAUGUAUCACAAACCCAGAUCUGGCAUUGGUGCAGUGGCAGUGGUGAUAAUUCUGUGGUUAAGAAUAUUUGAAAUGCUCAAGCAGGAGGACUAGUUCUUUAUCCUAGCGUGUGGAAAAUUCUAAGGCAGAGAAAAACAUGUAUGCACUGUAAAUGAAUGGAAGCUUGGGGGCACUAUUGCCCCUUUUAAACCCAACAGACAUAUGCCCUGGACACAAGUUAAAAGCACCAAGAAGUAUUUUAAUUUUCUUCUUCUUCUCUAACCGUGCCUCCAAAGCACGACAGCCACAAUAAACACAAUAAAUAAAUACAGUAAUCCCAAUAAUCUUCUCCUCCACUGCUGGGUCUCCAACAGUCCUUUAUAUAGUCCUUGACCCGGAAGUGCUUGCCUUCCUUCCAUCCUCGUGACUUGCCAGCACUUCCGGGUCAGAUGGAGAACUUGAGUUUUCUUGUCAGUACUUCUGGGCUUCUGCCCACGUGAUCCGCUAGUACUUCCAGGCAAGGUGAGCACUUAGACUCCCACCAUCUUCCCACAGCAUUCCCUGGCGGCACCCACGGUGCCCAGUAGGGCUGUUUUACCGAACUCCAUGUCCCAUAUGCCCUGCAGAAACCUGGGACACUGCUUCAGUCCAGGCCAGCUGCCAUCUAGAGUCUUGGGGGAGCCAGUGCCCUAGAAAAGCUGCCUUCCCCCAUCCUUCCAUCUUAGGGGUAUCCCGACCAGCUGUCUCUUACAGCAUAUAACUGAGUGCUCAAGAAUUAGAUGAGUUUAUAGUACUAACAACCCAAAACCUGUAUUUGUGUUCUGCACCACAUUCAAUUCCAUUCAGUUGAGUUUAUUAUUAUAGUGAUUUCACUGAGUGCAAGCUCAAGAGUGUCUUAGUAAAAUACAUUGACAAAUUUAACAAAUUAUAGUCUCAUCACAUCUUCUAGAUCCAUGCCUACUAGUCUUUAAAAAAUGUUCAGGACUUUCCAUGAGAGUUAUAUCCUGUUACUCACAUAUAUCAUAAUGGUCCACAUUUUCUUACUGUGUUCUGCUUAUUCCUGUCUGCUUUAAGAGGAGCAUAGGGCCUUUACUACAAGUCUCCAUCUAGCUCUGUCUUAUACUUUCUUUUUUUCAUACUCCCUAUGACAUACUGAUCACCUUUAGCUCUGUACUGAGUUUCUGCCACCAUGUCAUACAUUGUUAAAAUUGCUGCAGAACUUCACACAGAUUUUGAAUCCAACUUCUGAUAGUGGUGACAUAAUAAUGUGUAUAAACCUCCAAGGAGAGAGGACCGCUCUUAUUGCGAAGUUGGCUUGGCAUUGAGGCUGAUAAAAGCAGGACUGCAUACAGCUAGGAGUCAGGAUGUAAUCAAAGUCAUCUUCAUAAUGCUGAUCACCUGAACCUUUAAUUGGAACUGUGGCUGUUAUCUUAGCAAGCUGUGCUGCUGACUUUCUAAAAUUCCUAAGAGGACUUCAAGUAAGAUUUCACAGGACUAUAAAAUGAUAACAAUGGUUAUAUCCAUCCAUCCAUCCAUUUUCCAUCCAUCCAUUUUCCAACCCGCUGAAUCCGAACACAGGGUCACGGGGGUCUGCUGGAGCCAAUCCCAGCCAACACAGGG